AUGAUAACAGCAACAAGAUCAUUAAAUGUUAGAUUACCUUAAUUAAGCAUGAAGAAUCUUGAAAAAUCUAGAGAAAAGUCAAACAAACCUACAAUUAGAUCUAUUAAUAACGUUUAUGAUUAUUCUAAUUCUCCACCCAAAACAAGAACUGAUAAUAUUUCAAGGGGUUCCCUUUCGACUCCUUUAUAAUAUUGCAGAUAUUCCUGUUAUAAUAUAUGUAGAGUAGAUUCUUCAUUUAAUGACUAAGAAAUCUUUAGUGCUCAAUAAAAAAGUGUUUAAAGAAAUGAAAAUAGCAAAAAUAUAUAUAGUGAUUAAAUAGAAAAAUUGUCUUAAAGAAUCAAAAACCUUAGCAAAACAAAAAAAAAAAUGUAAGAAUCGAUUUCCUCAAAAUAAUAUAAAAAAACUGAACCUUAUAUUCAAAAAUAAUCUGAUAAAUAUUAACCUAAAAGUCCCAAACUGAUUCUUAAAACUGAAGAAAAAAAUGAAGAAUUCAAUAGUGAAUAAAAAAAACUAAUAUAAGAGAAAAUGUAAGAAAUUUAUUCAUAAGUAUAAUCAAUAUUAAAAUCUCAUAAAGGAUAUGUUAGAUAAAUAGAAAAAAAGAAUGUCUAUAUUUAAUUAGUCUAAUUAAAAAAGGAAUUUAAACUUGUUAAUUAAGAUUAUAAUGAGUUUUAUAUUAAUAGUACUAAUGAACAAUUCAAAUGUAAUAUAUAAUACGUCUAUGAUUAGUGGAUUUUGAAUUAGUCGAUCGAAUUGAAUAAUUAAAAAAAUUAUUUGAAAAUAAGAGACCAACUAAACGUAAUUGUGGUAGUCUUUUCGAUGGAAUGGAUAUAUCUAUAGUAAUUCAAACAGAAGCUGAUGAAAAACCUAAUAAUAUUGAUUUUAAAGAAAUAUCUGAAAAAGAUUUUGAAUAAUCUUAAGAUUAAAUUGGAUAAUUUGCUGAUUAAAUGACAGAUUGUUCACCAGCUAAUAGCACUACUAGAAGAAGAACUACUAAUUUGAAUAAAAGAUAAACAAAAUAAUAUUCUAUUUAACCAAUCUAAAUUUAAUAAGAAAUGAAUUAAUAACCUUAAAUAAGUAGAAGAAAGAGUAGUGUAAAAUCAAUUAAUAGUCCACUUACACCUAAAACUCCUGAUUCUCCAUCUACUAUGACUUCAAGAAAUAAUAAAUUUACAGCAUAAUAAAUUCUUUAACAAAAAUUGAAAUUACCAGCUACUCCACCUAAAAAGUAAGAUUAAUAAUAAUUCUAAGAAGAUUAAACUAAUAUUAUAAAAAAAGAAAUAUAAAAAAGAUAAUCAAAACUCAUUUCUCGUAAAACUACAUUAGAAAUAUCAAAAUAACCAAAAUAAAAUUCUAGAUUAAAUUCAAGAAAUAGUUUAGUAGAAGUAACUGAACAUUCUGAAAAUGAAUAAAAAAUAAAAUCUAAUAAUGAUAUUAAUUAAUAAUAAAUGAAUAAUGAAAAUAAAUAAGAAAUUAAUGAUGUUUAAUAUAUUUUAGAUUAAUUAGUAGAUAAUAAAGAAUAAAUAGCUAUUUAAAAUUAAACAUAAAUAUUAUCAUAAAAUUAAAAUGUCUCUAAAAAAGAAUAAUAAUAACAUACUAAAAAUUAAGAUAUUAAAGAAUGUAAAAUCAUUUAAGAAUUGUAUUAAUGUACAUUUAUAUAUGAUCAAGAUAUUUUGAAUAAACAUAGAAAAAAUAAAUACAAAAAUCAAUGGUCUUAAGAUAUAUUAUCAAUUAUGUCUAACUAUUAUUAAUUUUUUUGA